CCCACAAGAAUAUAUACUGAAGACUCAAGAUUUUCUGCAAAAAAUAUACGAUACUGCCGCCCAUCCUGCCAUCCUCGCAUUGGUAGUCUAACGCAUAUCAUCAUGAUCGCCCCAACAACGUUCGGCACACUCUUCGCAAGCAUUGCCAUAGCGCUUCCAACAUCGAAUCUUCUGCCACGAGCAGGAGGUCCCGCCAUAGUACCUAUCCCUUCGAAUUGUGCCGUCACAAAUCCAAUGGAAGCCACGACACUCGGCACAGCUUUCCUCCCCGCGUCGGCAACCGAGGACGUAGCCCUCUAUUCAGCUUACUACCCCUCAAAUUCUGCAAACACCACCCAAAUGGCAGAGCAAUGUUCCCAGCAAUGCUAUGGGUACGGUGAUCACACGGAAUGCAAGGCAUCGUUCUGGGCCGAAAAUGUCGAGAUACCCGAGGGACGAUUAGGGGCCGGGCAGCUCUCGACCGCUUGCUUACUUUAUAAACGGGCUCUCACGGAUUUCGACUUUACGCCCGCACCUGAAGGAGAGGGAACGAGUGCUUAUACUCGGAAUAUUGCGUGCUGA